AUGGAUGGAGUGCAAAUGUCCCUUGAAGAGUGGCUGUACACGAGCGACGAUCUCAAUGGCCUACGAGUUACUGAACUCUUAUGCAUAAUUCGCCGCCAGCUGCAUAAGUGGCCUCACCGACACAAAAAGACGGGUGCCCUCGCCAAGCUGAGCAAGUCGCACGUCACCAAAGCCAGUCUUCGACGUGUAAUCCUGAAUCCCAGCUAUGGCUUUAUGAUGUUUUCCUCCAGGUCUCCUGAACAUCAAACAAACUCAACGCCGACCGAUCUUAGUUCCUUGUCUACAUCUACUGAGCUGAACAUGACAACUACCCAAUUCGUCGUCUCCAACGCCUCAGUCUACGAGCCUGGUGUCAUACAGAUGAGUAACAAAUUUCGGACAAUGACACCAUGCUUAUUGUUAACCCAGGUCGUCUAUUUGUUCGUCGAAGAUGAAUGCGAUAAAUCCAGCAAGCGUAAAUUCACCGAGACCAUUUCUCUUCCGGUCCUUGAUAUUGUCGCAUGUCAACUGCAUGAGUUUCGUGUCAAUCCUCGUGAUGUUUUAGAUCGACUGAAGGGAAUUCUGCGUAAACGCCAUGGAGUUUGGAUCACCAGGACAACAGUACAGUGCACCCUUCCCGACCCACGGCAAGAUGGUUUCUAUCACUAUUUUAUCGAUGCCCCCUUCAACGAUCUUCUCACGGCAGAGACCACUAUUGAUGCGGUGACCAUUUCAUCAAAUGCUCUACGUAUCAUGGUGGAAACGUCAAAUGAUCAUUAUACCUAUAUGGCAAACUCCAGUAUGCUUAAUUUCAUGCCGCAAGCUGCGACUGUUAAUGAUGCGUCAACGAAGCCACUUCUUGUAGCUAGGGAACGUUCAGAUCUGGACGCUACCUGGCUCAAGGAGCAGAUUUCCCUGCAGCCUGGAUACGACUUGUGGCAGAAACUUCGCCACCAUGUUAUCUCUGGGCCCGACAUUAAAGGAUACUGGGACUUUGCUGUCCGCAUUGUCGAGCAAUAUGCACAUACACGUUGCCCUUCGGGACGUAAACUUUCAAAAGAGCGUGUGGUUCGUGAUGGGCUAUGCUUUGGAAUGACCUGGUUCAAUGAGAUAAAGGAAAGUCUUGCGCUGUUGGAAAAAUACGAGAAUGAUCCCGAAGUUGCAGAAUGGUUAACGUUUGAUAAGCGGAUGCUAGGUGGAAGUAAAGGACUGCAGCGACGUCUUCAAAUUCAUCAUGAGACUAUUCAAGCUUCGAGUACUAGUAGUUCAUUGUAA